GAGCAUUAUUACUGCUCUCAUUUCACGCCAACCCAACUCGACCAGACUCGGAACUCGGACCAUGACUCACAUUCCUCUUCCCUCCCUCCUCUUCGUCGGGCUCUUCCUCCUAGCUGCCGCUGGUGAGGCCUAUCCCUCCGAUGGUCUCAAGCCAAUCCGCCGGGAGGUUUACGACGGAGGCAGGAUGUUCGACAUCAGCCACCGUUACACGCCGGAGAUGCCGGCGUUUGAGUCGUCCGAAGGAUUGGGAAAGUUCCUGAGGUUGACGGCGAGCAUGAAGAAUGGAUCCAUCUACAAUUUCUCGGAGAUGAAGUUCUCUGUCCACACCGGUACCCAUGUCGACGCACCGGGUCACUUCUACGACCACUAUUACGAUGCUGGUUUCGACGCCGAUUCGCUUAAUCUCGAAACCCUAAACGGCCCUGCACUGUUGGUUGAUGUUCCGAGGGACAAGAACAUCACUGCCGAGGUAAUGGAAUCGCUUCAUAUCCCGAAGGGAACUCGCCGUGUGCUUUUCAGAACGUUGAACACUGACAGGCGGCUUAUGUUCAAGAAAGAAUUUGAUUCAAGCUAUGUUGGUUUCCGGAGCGAUGGAGCGAGAUGGUUGGUGGAGAACACAGACAUCAAACUUGUUGGUGCUGAUUAUCUCUCCGUAGCUGCUUUCACUGAUCUGGAAGCGACCCACCUUGUUUUAUUACGAGGCCGUGAUAUCAUUCCCGUGGAAGGACUGAAGCUCGAUGGCGUAGAGGCGGGACUAUACUCCCUCCAUUGCUUACCGCUGAGAUUGGUGGGAGCCGAUGCAUCGCCAGUUAGAUGCAUUCUCAUCAAGUGAUCCUCCUCCUGUGAUGAUACAUUUGUAGAUAGUACUACUAAGCAAAUAAGAAGCUCAGAACAGAAGACGGACAUGGAAUUCCAAUGGUAUGUAUGUAUGUAUGUAUGUAUGUAUCCGUGUAUGUAAUUAGUAAAGUAGUCAUGCUCUUGGCUUGUAAGACUGUAUAGAAGAGAAGAGAACAUGAAAUGUGAAUGUCUUGGCUGUCAUUAGCAAUUUAUUUUUGUGGGGUUUCGAAU